AUGGUAGCACUCAAGGUUUUCUUUGCCUUUCUUAGUGUCCUCCUCAUCAAUGCACAAGGUUUUGAAGAGUGUUCUCCAUCUUCAAUCAAAGUAAAAAUAACGAAAACUGGACAUGCUGUAAAGGGACAACCAGAUUAUGAAGUUGUGUUUACUGUCGACGACGACUGCCCAGGAGGUGAAGUUUGGGUUGUAGUAGGAUGCAAUGGAUUCACUAGUGUUAAGCCGAUUGAACCUUUCAUUUUUAAGAAAGACGAUUCUAUAGGUGGAUGCUUGUUGAGAUAUGGCGGAUCACUUUAUGCAGGGGGCCCACUCAAGUUUAAGUAUGCAGGCCAAUUACCCACUGAUAAAUUUAGACCUAUAAGCUCUCAGAUCGAGUGCUCUUGA